AUGUUUCCGCUAUUCCGGAAGCUGUGGGAGGCCAGCGACAAAAGUGCGUUGCAGCUCCCUUCAGAUGGUUCCCGCGGUGUGGUGCCUUUAGAAGUCUGGAAAUUGCGUCCCAGUGCUGAACUUAGCGGUCAGCUUAAAUUGUGGGGCAACGCAGCUCUGGCGCGUGGACGACCAGCUGCCGCUGCAUCCCUCUACACAGCUGGGAUAUUACUGCUCCCAAACAGUGAAUCCAGCACUUCCCCUAGCAGCAGCAGCAGCCUGCUGGCGGUGUUGUCUGCAAACGCAAGCCUUGUGCUGCUGCGACUCGGGAAGGCUAAACGGGCAUUACGGACUGCGACGGAAGCCGUCGCUGCAGACCCACGGUACCGCAAGGCAUGGCACCGCCGUGCUGCAGCUUUGGUGCAUUUGCGAUGUGAAUUAGAGCGAUAUUUCCUAGCGUCUCGCAGCACUAGCAGCACCUGUAACAGCGAAAGCAGCAUUGAUCGAAGUACGAGCAGCUGCUCUCGAGCUGCUCGUGCUUGCCUCGAGCAACUUGAUAGAGAGAUAGCAGACGCCCAGAUGAUUUCCCAGGGCCAGGCGAACGAUUCUGAUGCAGCGGCUGCAGCAAGCCGCAUGAUGGUUGGUUGUUGCGGCUGUGACUGUAAUGCUGCCCUUCGCCCUCCUUCCGAAAGCAAGGGCUGCUCCGCAUCUCAUUCUCCAGGGCUUUGGCUCAGGAAAGACGUAAGCGUACAGCUGGACGCAAAAGGUUGGGGCCUUGUGACAGCGAACGAUGCGCUUUCUACUAUGGAGAGCGACCCUUGUUUGGUUUUGGAGGAAGAAGCAUUUGCAGUAUACGUGCAUCCGAAACUCUGUGCAGCUGUUCCGAAGAUUCCCUUCUCGCUUCCUGCAUCCUUCACGGUUGCCACUGCACAAGACCCAGUGGGCCUGAAACUACAUCCAGAUGUGGCUCUUCGCGAUGAGUGGGAGGCGCGCGUUGAGGAAGGCGCCGAGGAUAAGAAAGAGAGUGAGGAAAACCAUGAUAGGGACGAGGAAAGACAUGGUGUAAGCUUACUUAAGGAAGAGAUGGACGGGGUCUGUGCAGGCUGCGCGACGUUGCCAGUUCGCCAGGAUGGAUCUGCGAAUGAGUGCUACCGGCAAGGGCUGCAUUCAUGGCAGAGCGUGUUGAGCAGCAUAUUAUUUCCAACAGUUCCUGUCGUACCCUGCGGCUCCUGCGCGGCUGCUCUGUUCUGCUGCCGCAGCUGCAGAGCGGCUUCCUCUCACAAACGCAUCUGCGGCUCGCAGCAGCAGCAGUACCUCCAGCAGGAGGGGUGUGGGUUGGAACCCAGUGCAGGGCAUGGAGACAAUCGUAAAGAAGAGGAGGAAGCCGCUGCAAAUACGUUGGAGACGCCAGUGCAGCCUUUAGCCCUCGCGCUUCCAGAUCCACAUCGUCACAUUGCACGUCAGCUUUUGGCUUCCGUUUUGGCACCAUCAGCUGCCCUAGGGAAACAGGCAGAUGGGGCGAACUCGGCAGCAUUAGCCAAAGCCCCAAUUCAAGCUGCGGGAGAGUUGAGCACCACCCCAGAUUGCGCAGGGCUCAGUAUUCUGGGAGAGCCGCCAUGGUGCCAGUUGCAAAUGAGGACCUCGUCCACUGUCGUAGACAGUACGAGGGUGGCGGAUUGGUUGCUAAAUGCUGCGUGGCUGGCUGGAGAAGCUGCAGCAUUUGGUCGAGGGUUGCAUUGCGGCGGCCGUUGUCUCAUCUGCAGACCCAACGGAAAAAAAGCGGCGUUACUGUCACGUCCAGCGUCCGCUGCUGCAACGACUUCACCGCUAGCAGCUGCCACAGAUCCACCGCUGAGUCUAGAUGGGACAGUAACAGAGCAGCUUGGCGGUUGCUGCUGCGUAUGCUGCCGGGCGUGGUGCCCAGAGUGUUCUGUUCGCUCUUCGACCUUGCAAGGCAGUGACGGUUCGACGCACUGCCUUGUCCCCUUUCCUAGGUGCCUGUUCUCAGCGGCACUCCACGUCUAUGGUGUAGCCUGCUGCAACAGCUUCACAAUUCGUGUUCUUUGUGACCCUGAAGACGAAGGGGUGGCAGCUGGCACUGCGGUGUUCCUUGCGGCGUCUCUAAUUAACCAUUCGUGUGCGCCGAAUGCCAUUGCGGCUUUUGGAGAACCCGGAGACCGGCUUCAGUGGCGCCAGCAGCGACGUGAAAAAGCGCUCGGCCUUCACAAGGAUGCUGAUUCCCCACCGGCGCAGCGUUUCGAUUUACUUCCGAGCCCCCGUGGUGUGGGGCGCGGCGUGCUCCUACAAAUCCGGCUAUGUGCCCCGCAGAAUUCAGAAGGUGGCCGACUCCAAGAGAUUUGUAUUUCCUAUGGCUCUAUGAUCGGAUUGCCGAAGAGUUCUUGGGGCUUCCGGCAAGACUGGAUGCUCAAGCACGCUGGCUUUUUUUGUCGCUGCGAGGUAGGCGUGCACCUGAUGUCUCCCGACGCGGCGGCUUUCAGUUGA